GCCGGCCGCGCCGCGAUGUCCGGCGCAGAGGAGGCCGGCGGGGGCGGCCCGGCCGCCGGGCCCGCCGGCGCCGUGCCAGCCGGGGUCGGGGUCGGAGCUGGGCCUGGGGCGGCCGCGGGGCCGGCGGCGGCGGCACUGGGCGAGGCGGCGGGGCCUGGGCUCCCGGACGAGGCGGGCCUGGCCGGUGCCCGGCAGCUGCAGCUGCAGGAGGCGGCCGGCGACCCCGACGCGCCGCCGAAGAAGCGGCUGCGGGCGGCCGAGGCGGCCGAGGCGGCGGCGGCGGCGGCGGCGGCGGCCGGCAGCGGAAAGCUGGAGGAGCGGCUCUACUCUGUGCUGUGCUGCACCGUCUGCCUGGACCUGCCCAAGGCCUCCGUGUACCAGUGUACUAACGGUCACUUGAUGUGCGCUGGCUGUUUUAUCCACCUACUAGCAGAUGCCCGGCUGAAGGAGGAACAGGCCACGUGCCCCAACUGCCGUUGUGAGAUCAGUAAGAGCCUCUGCUGCCGGAACCUGGCCGUGGAGAAGGCUGUGAGUGAGCUGCCAUCUGAGUGUGGCUUCUGCCUGCGCCAGUUUCCCCGCUCACUGCUGGAGCGGCACCAGAAGGAGGAGUGCCAGGACAGGGUUACCCAGUGCAAGUACAAGCGCAUCGGCUGCCCGUGGCAUGGCCCCUUCCAUGAGUUGACAGCACACGAGGCCGCAUGUGCCCACCCGACCAAGACAGGCAAUGAGUUGAUGGAGAUUCUGGACGAGAUGGACCAGGGCCGCCGCAAGGAGAUGCAGCUUUACAACAGCAUCUUCAGUUUGCUCAGCUUCGAAAAGAUCGGCUACACAGAGGUCCAGUUCCGGCCAUACCGCACGGACGACUUCAUCACACGCCUCUACUAUGAGACGCCCCGGUUCACAGUGCUGAACCAGACGUGGGUCCUGAAGGCUCGAGUGAACGACUCAGAGCGCAACCCCAACCUGUCAUGCAAGCGCACCCUCUCCUUCCAGCUCAUCCUCAAGAGCAAGGUCAACGCGCCCUUGGAGUGCUCCUUCCUGCUGCUCAAGGGCCCUUACGACGAUGUGAAGAUCAACCCCGUCAUCUACCACUUCGUGUUCACCAAUGAGAGCAACGAGACCGACUACGUGCCGCUGCCCAUCACCGACUCGGUGGAGUGCAACAAGCUGCUGGCCGCCAAGAACAUAAACCUGCGGCUCUUCCUGUUCCAAAUCCAGAAGUAGCCGCACCGCAGGGACGCCAGGCCAACUGCAGCCGCCGGUCAUUUCAGCAACAGGGACGCCAGGCCGACUGCAGCCGCCACAGGCGCAUUUCACACCCGGUCAUUUCAGCAACAGGGACGCCAGGCCGACUGCAGCCGCCACAGGCGCAUUUCACACCCGGUCAUUUCAGCAAAAGGAGGAAAGCAUGAACCAAAACACAUCGGGAAAAGUCUGCAUGCACGUGGGACGUGUGGCAGCCACGUCUCCACCCUGCCUUGCCUGCAGGUGGCAGAGGAGACACCUGAGCCCUGGAGGGUCGCAGGGCGGGCACAGUGUGAGUCGCCUGGACUGUGUUCCCGGCGGCAGUGUGGCGCGCCCUUCUGUGGCUCCACGCUCAGCUCCGGGCUGGCUUGGGUCCUUGCUGACUGCAGAAGGCGUAUUUGGUUGCAAUUAAAAAGCCUCCCUUGCUUCCUACUUUUUGUUUUGUUGGAGGGGAAGGUGUGGCCGCGAGUGGACAGCGCGGAAGCCCAGCUCUGGUGUGGCCUGGAGCCUGACAGCACAUGGGACGCAACACGAGUCAGCCUGCCCUGCCCAUCAUCUGCGCCCUGUGUGCCCCCCAAGAGACUUGAGAUACCACCCCCACCCUGUCACGGGGCGCAAACAGCAGGAGAGUUGGGCGGUCCCCCGCUCUGGAGGGGACUGACCAGGGCCACCUGUCCAGCCCACCCAGGGAGGCAGGACUGGCCACCAGGGCUCAGCAGACGUUUUCGGAAUGCAGGGUGAAAUUCUGUCUCUUCCUAGGAAAAAAAUUAAACUUUCCAGGCUCUUCUAUAGAUUAUGCAAUUUAGCAAGAAAAUCCAUUUUCUAUCUCCAGCCCCAAGGCCCAGCGUCCCCAGGCUCCAGGCUGUGGAGAGAGCUCUGGGGGCCACAAGUGGCAGAGCAGGCCUGGCUGAGAGAGGGUCCAUCGAGGAGGUUGGAGUUCCUGGCCCCUCACCUAAAGGAGGCCGGCUCUUCCCAGUCUGUGUGGUGGCAGCUGGCUAGUUCCCUUAGGCUGGGUGUGCGCAGGGGCCAGGGCAGAAGGAGCCUGUACUGGAGGGGCUGACCAGGGUGUCUUUGUUUCCCCUGGGACCCUCAGCGCCCCUGAGAAGGAUAAAGCCCCCUGUCAUUUAGGAGAAGUGGCUGUUCUGCCAUAGUUUUGUGUUACUUCGAUACCAAAGAACCGGGGUUCCUCUGCCCCCAUGCCUGCCUGGGUGACGCCUGCAGAGAAGGUGGCCUGGGGUGCCUACCUGGGAGCGGGGGCAGCCCCCUGCCUAUGGGUACAGCACUGCUGACCCAGCUGGCCCCUCCAGAGGAGGGUCUGAGCAGGACACCUGGGCCUGGCAGUGGGCCCACCCAUCGUGGACAGCCAAGGGGGGCAUUUGGUGGACAGAGGGGCUGUGGAGUGGGGCACUGAGCCCAGAUCCCUGAGCACAGCUGGGUGGACAUGGCCUCCAUGUUGGGCCUCCAUUCCUGGGUGCCGUUUGCCCCUCGCUGUCUAGUAGUUAGCUUCUCAGAGCUGUUGACAAGAAGCUCGUCUGGGUUUUGUUCACAGCCAAGCAUCGAGGGGAAUGUUACCUCCCACACCAAGGUAGAAAAGGUACGCUAGGUUUCCAAGCUGCUGCUGCUGCACAGAAAGAUCUUCCGUGCAGCUCUGGGCUGCAAGACUGACUCGGGGCUCCCUGUGUGAGUCCCACUAACUCGGGCCACCCACCGAGCACUAUCCACCACGGGGUUGCACCCCUGCUCCCAGCCGCCCCUCAGGGCAGAGGACGGCACUCAGGGUAGACGGUGUCUUUCAGGGUUGUGUGGGUGGCACGCUGGCCCUUGGGGCCUUGUGUUUCUUGGGGGCUGUGCCACACUUAUCUCAGUGUCUCAAGAGUGUUUCAGGAUUCUAAAGCGACUGUGUUGGGGGAUUGCUCCUGUCCACGUGUGUGUGGGUGCCUGUGAGAGAGGGAUUCAGGCAGAAAGCCAACCUGGUGGGUGUCCUAGGUGGGGAGGGGGUGCUGGGUGUGUCCCAUAGUUGGCUUUGCUGGGCAUAGCCAGGCUGGGAUGGUGGCCUGGGGGUGUGCUACCUGGGAGGGCUUGGGGCAGCAGGUCUCUUGUGUGCAGGUAAAUGGAUGUGGCUGCUUUGGGGGCUGAGGAUAAACACCUGCCUGGAGGAGGGGGAAUCCGAGGCUGGCUGAGCAGUCUUGGAGGCAGGUGGCCCUGUGGGGAGAGAGGGCAGGAUAUGCACAGUCCCCUACUUUGGGCAGCUGGGCCGCCAGGGUAAGCAGGCAGUGUCCAAGGUCUGGGCGAGGCCCCAUGGGAACGUGCUAUGUGUCUGCAGGAGUGUUGCCGCAUUGUCCCCUCCCUCCCUCAAAGUUCACCAAAAGCUGAGCCUUACAGCCUGGUCGACCAGGUACCCUGGAAGAUUGUAGUAUACCCCUUGCCACCACUGGGAGGGGGGCACCCUGAGCAACUGGCAGCACAGCCACCGUGGGUAAUGGACUUACUGGCAAAUGUCACGUCCUUGUCGUCCCCUGACCUGCAUCAUCUCAGCCUCCCGACCUCCUUCACUGCCCUCUCAUCCCUUGAGGAUCGGGGGUGCCUCAAGGGGAGAGGGAGAGAGUGGCCCUUACCCUGUGAACACUACACCCCUCAGUUUGCCCAAAGUGAGAAAUUUACAAAAAUAAUAAAAAUAAUUUUUUUAAGAGUGAGCGAGAGGCGUUUUUACCCCUGUUGGCAAUGACUCACAUGUCACUUUUGUGGUCUGUGUUCUCUGGAAGUUUUGUGUAUGUAACUGUAGUUUAAAAAAGUAUUCCAAACCACAUCCUGUCUGUGUUUCCUUAAGAGAAGCCAGCCCCCAUGGAUGGGCACCCCCUUGCCAGGGGUCGACAGUCCCUGUCGCCCACCAGUCUCUGGCCACCAUUCCCUGGCCUCUGGCAGCACCACCUCGUAUACAAAUCCCUAUCUGGUCAGUGGGGAAAUAGACAAGGAGUAGUUGGAGCCUCCCCUACGCCCCUUCCUCUGAGUGGCCGUGUCCCCCAGACCCUUCACUGAGCCAGCCUCACACCUUACGCCACCCUCCCAGUGGCUGCCUUGGCGCCAGCUGUGCUUUGGGUUGGCAAGGGGGUGGUGUAAGUCUCCCUGUCCUUACUCCCACACCCAGGCUGGGCAGAGCCUCUCCUGCCCAAGAGGAAGACUACCUGGAUCAAGCAUCCACCUCAAGUGGUGGCCGGCACCUGUACGGCUCCACCAGUAAGCUUCUGCACUAUACCUGGAGCCCAGGCUCUGCUGCCCAUCAGCCUGGGCAGGAGGUAGCCAUCCCUAGACCCAGGAGCCCAGGCUGAGCU